CGCGUCCUCGCCACCAGCUCCACCUGCUGAACCUCUCGAUAGACUCUCGCUAGCGAAAGCAGCGGCGCUUGCGGCCAAUCACUACACCUUCCUAUUCCGGAGUCGCUCUCGGAUCGAGAUCGCAGCGACGCAUCCGGCGGCACAGCGGAUUGCUGGUUACGGCCACGCAGCUAACCUCCAAGGCCGCACAUGGCGCGGAUUAACUUCAACGUACUCGAGUCGCUCCCUGUCGAAUUGAUAGCGGACGUCCUGGGCGAGCUCGACCUGUCGUCGCUCGUCACCACCACCUACGAGUACGACCCUGCGCUCCGCCACCUGAGUGUGCGCUCGACGGUUCCGAGGAAUAACUUUGUGGAGAUCCUGAGCAUUGCGCGGGCGAAUUACCUGCUGUUUGAAGCGUCCCUGCCCCAUCUGAAGGACAGUGAGUGGGAGGAAUGCUUCAGGAGGAGGUUCUUGCCCUCGUGGGCGAAAAUCAAGAAGAAGGCGCGACUCAGUCGGCAUGUAUUAGUUCUCUAUCGCGUAUGGCACCGCACAAGCUCGACGUGCACACAUGAUGAGGCUUGGACAGACUACAUUGUUCUCAAUCGGAACGGGACAACUAACCAACUCAACGGUACAUCGCGUGGUUUCGAUCCACUGACCAUCUUCGAACAAAUGAGUUGCCGAUGUCGCAUCUUGGCGAUCGGCGUCCUGAGCAAGCCGCGGACAUCAUUCGGUGUCAACCACCUCGCAAAGGCGCUCUUGCACCCCCCUGGAAUUGACGGCGACGCUGCGACGAAACCAUGUCAUUAUUUACCUCUGCGGACAGGGGCUUACAGCGGAGCUCGGGCAAGCGAAACAUACCGCCGCCUCAGCCACCCGUUACCCGCCCCCUCUUACGAGAAUUAUCCGUUCUUCACGCCGAGCGGCGAAGAUUUGCGCUGGUACAUAGAUGGGGACAUUGAAGAAGGCGGUAUGCAGUGGAUGUGGAGCAUGAUGCUCAUAGCUCAGCUGAUUGGUCAGAACACGAAGCCGCCUUUCGGUGACCCAUCGCUUCUAGAUCUGGAACUAGUGGACGGGAUGAGCAGAAGUCACUACGCGUCCCUGACCUUUGAAGACUUGAAAACCAUCGCGCCCUGGAUUGAGCCCAUGAAGUGGAUAGAAGGGAUCGGGCUCGGACAUGAGGAGUAGAAAGCCGGUCUGGGGGAUGAGCAGGCAACUACCUUAUACUUGGGUAUCGACUUGUAAGCGUAUCUUGUACUUCUACGUCUCGGCUGCUGUAUCUUCGACCGGAAAAGUCUCUUCCACGUGUAUUGAUGCAUGUAUCAGUUCUAGCCACGGCUAUUGCGGUCGCCACUCACGCGGGAGCAGAGUCGGCGGUGAUAGCCCCUUCGCGGUCUUGUAAUGUCAAAGUGCAUCAGUCCGGUGGGGCGCGCCCCUCACGGAUCUCACGAUUUCCAUGCCGUGUGGCAGUUCGCGGCCGCGAGGCUACGUGCCCUCACUGCUGGUUGCCUGUGAUGAAAGUUACCGUAUUGGGGAAAGCCGCUACCCG